CCCGGCGAGAGGCCUCAAACCGCUCCCUGCCUCCGGUCGCCUCCCCCUCCCUGUCUGAUCUCUCCGGCCAGCCGGCCACCGCUCGUUCGCCCGCUGCUCGGCGUGAGGAGAAAAGCCUAUAGGCCAUGGCGGACCAGCUCACUGACGACCAGAUCGCCGAGUUCAAGGAGGCAUUCAGCCUCUUCGACAAGGACGGCGACGGUUGCAUCACAACCAAGGAGCUGGGAACUGUCAUGCGUUCACUGGGUCAGAACCCAACCGAGGCUGAGCUCCAGGACAUGAUCAACGAGGUUGAUGCUGAUGGCAACGGCACCAUCGACUUCCCCGAGUUCCUCAACCUCAUGGCUCGCAAGAUGAAAGACACCGACUCAGAGGAAGAGCUCAAGGAGGCGUUCAGGGUGUUUGACAAGGACCAGAACGGCUUCAUCUCCGCUGCCGAGCUCCGCCACGUCAUGACCAACCUUGGCGAGAAGCUAACUGACGAGGAGGUGGACGAGAUGAUCCGCGAGGCUGACGUCGACGGCGACGGUCAGAUCAAUUACGAGGAGUUUGUCAAGGUGAUGAUGGCCAAGUGAGCCGUGGUGAUGGUAUACCCCGGAAGGAGGAAACCGUGCAUUGCAUAUUAGUAAGGAAUGCAACUCUUGUUUCCUGUCUUCCCUGAAGAACCGUACUAGCUGUAGCUGCUGAACAUUUGAGUCCCUCUGCAACCCUAUCUCCAGUGUGUGUCAUCGAACCUCUUGCUUCCUGUGUGAAUCUGUAAGGCUUUGCUUGUUCCGGACCCUGACUACGGUUGAAUCCGUUUGUAGUUCUAUUUGUUCAUGGAAAUCUGGUCGACUCCUUUGCUACCAAA